AUCCAUACACGCUAUUCGAAACUGACGCUCUACCCCAAGGAUCUAAACUGCAGCCAAAAAUAUACACCAAGACAAUACACGACUUUCAAAAGGGAAUAGUCCAUAGUGUUACACAAGAUCAGUUUUCCACAUGCUCCUGUUUUGGCGAUGACAUUUUCAAAAAGGACCAACUUCAAAUUGACGUUUCAAAAGAAAACAAACAAAAUUGAAGCAUGGAAAUGAAAGAAGAACAAUCUUCCUUCGGAAAUCCACAACCAGCACCGCAACCACAUUCUGACCAAGAUCCUCCAGAUACUGCAGCUGUUCCAGAAACAACAACAGAAAAUACAGAUCCACCAGCCGUAGUCCUUUCAAAGCGGCAAUUGAAAAAACUCAAAAAGAAAGCCCAAUGGGAGGAAAAGAAAAAAGAAAAACGCCAAAAGGAGCGUGAAAAGUGCAAAUUAAAGAAACAAACCGCCAUUCUCGAAGGCAAAACUUUAGGACCGAGUCGCAAAGAACUCAAACGCAACAAAGCCAACAAGAGUUCCAGUACUCUGAGUGUGGCAAUCGACUUGGACUACGAUGAUCUUAUGAUUGACAAAGAUGUGGCUAAGUGUGUUAAGCAACUGCUCAGAAUCUACACUGUCAACCGAAGAUCCAGAGCUCCGGCGACAUUGCAUUUUACUGGCAUUAAGCCAGAUGGUAGAAUUCAUGAGGUUCUCAAGAAGAACGAUGGCUACGAGCACUGGGACGUCCAGUGGGUAUAUGAAUCGUAUUCGAAGAAUUUCAACACCGACCAAAUUGUCUAUUUGACGAGUGAUUCCGAUGAGAUUCUCAAGGAGAUCGACCCAAAGAAGGUUUACAUAAUUGGAGGUUUGGUAGAUCAUAACCACCAUAAGGGACUCUGUUUUGAUAGAGCGAAGAAAUUGUCACUUCAAACUGCUCGACUCCCAUUGACUGAACAUGUGGAUAUGAAAACACGAACGGUGUUGAGCACUUAUCAUGUUUUUGAAAUCUUAUUAAGACUCUCUGAGGGUAAAUCGUGGGCUGAUGCAAUUUUGGAAACUCUUCCGGUCCGAAAAGGUGCUAAACUCAAGGAGGCGGAAGACAAAGUUGUGUCCUCAAUCGUCAAAAAGGAGGAGGUAGAAAACGACGAUGUUAUAAUAGAGAUAGCAGAGUACAAAGUUGUAUCAGAAAUUGUUAAAAAGAACGAGGUGGGAAAUGGUGAUCUGUUGUUGGAGAACACUACAACUGUGGCGAAGCCUAUAAAAGAUGUGUCAAAUCAGGAAAUGACUGAAUAAAAAUAAAGUUUUUA